AUGAUAUUACAAAGGCUUGAAAGACCAACCGCAGGGGAAGCAAGAGAACAGGAAGUGCUUAAAUGUGAACCUGUGGUGCCUGAUAAAAUCGAGGCUGAAGACAGACAGCCCAUUGAACAUAAAGCACCCCCUCUUACGGACCUUACUGAGGCAGGUUCACCAUCUGCACUAUCUUUCCCAGCGGCCCGGGAACAGAGGCCUGAAAAUGGUUUGCAAGAGCAAACAGGAAUUACAGGUCCGAAUAAUAGGAAGCCGGAUUGUGCAGAGGCUACUCCCUCUUGCAGCUCUCCACACCUCAAGCCAAACGCUCCCCAAACGGACCCAGCGCUGCUGCCCCAGCACUUAACUUCACAUACUGAUGCAAGAUUGGCCCGACCCUGCGAUCACAUCUAUUCCUCCAUUACCCGGGAUCAAAGAUUUCAAGAUAUUCUGAAAAUACCAUACCAGCUGGACUUAAGAAAUGAACCAGCCAGAGAAGAUCUGAAGCAUAUCGUUAUAGAUGGCAGUAAUGUUGCAAUGGCCCAUGGUCUGAACAAGUUCAUGCUCUACUUAGCAGAAAAGACUGUAGGCAUCAUUGUAACCAAUGACAACUUUAGAGAGAUUGUGACCGAGUCCGUCUCCUGGAGAGAAAUUAUCGCAAGAAGGCUGCUUCAGUACACUUUUGUGGGGGACAUAUUUAUGGCUCCUGACGACCCUCUGGGAAGACAUGGACCUCGGCUCGAAGAAUUUCUUCAAAGGGAGGACUUUCUUCUACACUUGCCUCCAAAACUCGAUGCCCAGUCAGAUGUGCGCACAUUUGGCCACACCAUCCAAAGCCACAAUAUCCAGGGAGCCCAAGCAAGCCUUGUUGCUCCACCCAGGACCAGGAUUCUGCAGAGAAAAGCGCUCUGA